AGCUAAAUAGGUGGAGGGUGACUGUGCCACGCAGCACUCAAGGGGAAGAUGGCAAGGGGACAGCCUCGGAGGAGCGAAGAGCCAUGGACAGCCUUGCGGAACAGAACAGAGUGCAAAACAAAGAUAAAACUCACAAAGUGUGGAAAGAUAACCCUAGGCAUCUUAACGGCGGUGAUCGCUGCGGUAGUAAUUGGACUCAUUGCCUAUUUUGCCGCCUGCGGAAAAACACCUUUCUACUACCAUGUCAGCUUUAAGGUUAACAACAUUGACUAUGACAGCAAAUUUGCCAAGCCAUACUCUCAGGAAUACAUGGACCUAAAUAAAAGGAUAGUGUCUUUGAUGAAUGAAACAUUUCAUGAAUCAAAACUGAGAAAACAGUAUGUCAAAGCUCACACUGUGCAAGUCAGCAAAGCCAAAGGGAAGGUGGUGAUACAUGGUGUGCUGAAGUUUAAAUCCUGUUAUAAAAAUAACGUAGAAAAAUUCUGGGACAGCGUCGAGACCAUUUUGUAUCAGAAACUCAAAAGCCAAACCAGAUUACUUAUAGAUUCUUCCUCUUUUAAGUUUUCAGACAUUGCAAUGCCAAUAGCAGAAGAUCUUCUCAACACGUGUUGUGGACGACGCACAAUUACUCCCGGAGGCCACAAAGUAGCAGGAGGCCAGGACGCUGAGGAGGGAGAGUGGCCCUGGCAAGCUAGCCUUCAACAGAACAAUGUCCACCGAUGCGGAGCCACUCUGAUCAGUAACUCCUGGCUGAUCACGGCUGCUCACUGUUUCGUACGGUCUGCAAAUCCCAAAGACUGGAAAGUUAGCUUUGGGUUUCUUCUAAGUAAACCGCAAGCACAACGGGCUGUGAAGAGUAUUGUAAUCCAUGAGAACUACAGCUACCCUGCGCACAAUAAUGACAUAGCUGUUGUGCGUCUGUCUUCGCCAGUAUUAUACGAAAACAACAUCCGAAGGGCUUGUCUACCAGAAGCUACUCAGAAGUUCCCACCCAACUCAGAUGUAGUGGUCACUGGAUGGGGCACGUUAAAGUCAGAUGGAGACAGUCCUAAUAUACUCCAGAAAGGAAGAGUGAAGAUUAUAGAUAAUAAGACUUGUAAUAGCGGAAAGGCAUACGGUGGAGUGAUCACACCUGGAAUGCUGUGUGCUGGGUUCUUGGAGGGCCGUGUUGAUGCCUGCCAGGGUGAUUCUGGUGGACCACUGGUUAGUGAAGAUUCUAAGGGCAUCUGGUUCCUUGCUGGUAUUGUAAGCUGGGGAGAUGAAUGUGCACUUCCAAACAAGCCUGGUGUCUACACUCGGGUGACACACUAUCGAGACUGGAUCUCAUCCAAAACUGGUCUCUAGUGUACUUGUUCUCUGUAGAUUCAAGCUCAAUGGUUACACAUCUGUUAAAUAAGUUUAUAAUCCCCAAACCACAUUCUUAGAUAUUUCUCCUGGUCUACACAUUUAAAUAUAAAAUUUAAAGGCAUAAAGGUAUUGUAUCACGUGAGCACUAGUUAUAGAUGUUUCUAAUUGUAUAAGCCUUCUUCUGCUGACCAGUUCAUGAAUUCCCCAGAAUCAAGGUGUUUGAGGAUGAAGUCUAGUACCUUGUAAUAAUAUCACCCAUAAGAGUUACUCAAGAAAUAUAUCUAUUUUCUUUCUGGUUUCUGUGUCAAAACUAAUUAUUCUAAUUCUUCCUCAUCUUAAGGGAUAGAAAUCGAAAUGAUAACCCCAUGGAGUGCAUUGAUAGACUGCAGUGUUUAUGGACUUAUCAUUCUCUCUUUACUGUGAAAUUGAAGUCAGAAGGUGGUUCUCUUCAACAGUAGUAGCAUUGCCCAAAGGCAUAGUAAUUUUGUUUCAAUACGUGGCUUUAAUUCAUGAUGCAAAUAAUGCCACAUUGUUUUCCAGCUCUUAAAAUGUCUCAAUAGUACAAAUUAGCAACAAGAUAAACAAUGUAAAAAAUUGUUUUCAUGUCACUCUGAUUUUGCCCAUAAAAAGUCAUUCUAGUGGAGGGUACAGGUGUCUGUAAAUUCUGCUACUCAGUUGCCAUUACUCCAAAAACGUUAUCUAAUCCAAAUGCUUCCUCAGACAGGAGUCCAUCCCUGUCUCUAUUUCUCUGCUUCAUCAUUAACAAUUUACAGUUACCACCAUAACCAUAAUGACAUAAAUUAGUAUUAAUAGAUUAAUAAUAUUAGUUAAUAUUUACUAGUUCUUACUCAUGCCAGGCAAUAUACAUAAUUAAAAUCAAUGAACAGCUAAAGGGAAAUGGUCCCCUUGGUAUUUCAAUUUUGUAUAUAAGUUAACUAAAGUAUAGAGAAGGCCAGCAGUUUUCUGAAGAUCAAAGGGUCUCGAAUUGACUAAGUUGAGAUCCAAAUCGCACAGCUCUAUUUCAGAGCUCACGAUUUUAACAGAUUGUUAUGUUACAUGAUAUUCUUAUGACCUAAAUAUUUCAGAAGAAAUUGGCAAACAAAGCUUCAUAAAGAAAAUAUGACUUACUGGUAAUUUAACCAAACUAGGCCUCUCGCAUCAUAUUCUAAAAUGUAGAAUUUUACAGAAACAUUAUGGAUUAGUGUAGGUGUAUUAUGUGGAUGCUUUUAUAAUAUUCAACUUAUCUUGUUAUAUAUUCCUAAGAAUUAGUAUUUUUUGUUACAUGUAUUUUAGAAAAUAGGUAUGAACAAAAUAAAGGAAUAUGCACAUUGAUCAAGACCAAUCCAAUGUGGAUCCAGGCCUGACUCUGGCCAUGGAAGAAGUGGGGCUUUGGUUGACAACUCCUCAAAUUAAGUAGGAGCAGAUCAAAAACAAUUUUAAAAACAGUUAUUUAUUACCUCAUGAAAAAUCUGCUAUGUUCUGAAUUAUUGGAAUAGAACUCAGGCAUACACUAUAGUAAAGACUGUAUUGUGUUCAUUAAUGUUAAGUUUUAAGUUACAGAUUCUACAUGUCAUAUGUAUUCUGUUCGAUAGGAAAAAAAUCAAUAUACACUAAUGACUUAAACUACCAAUACUCUCCGUCACUUAAUUUCUUUAUAUAUGCCAAGUACAGACUGCCUAUGUUAGAAAAGUAUAAAAUAUUUAUAUUUUGCUUCAGAAAACACUUUCACGUGAAGACACGUGUAAUUGUCAGUAAAAUUUCAGAGCAUACCUUCAAACGAGGAUGAUUAAAUGACCCUGUCUACAUGAUGAUACACUGUAUAAUCAUAAAAUCCCUUUCAUAGAUAUAAGUAAAAACAGUAACAAUGGUUUCUCUCCAUCUUGGCACCAAUGUCACAAUUAUUGGGGUUUCCUGCAGAUAUAUGUAUCUCUGAUAUAAAAAAAUUUCUGUCAAGAUCCCAUGAUUUGAACACAGGUAAAGAAAUUAAAGUGUAAUUUUCACAAAAGCUAGCUCUACAGUAAAAAAUUACAUACUCUAUCGGAAACUGUAAAAACCCCUGAGUUUCCAGACUGGGGUAAGACGAAUGCUCCUUGACAAAAGUUUGGCAAUGAUUUCUGUGAGUAUGAGACCAAAAUCUCAUACAACAGUGAAUAAUGCACUAAACAUUAAAUCUACAUAAACUAAAAAGGUUCUGUGUAAUAGUCAACAAAAUGAAAAUGCAUCCUAGAAGAUGAGAGAAAGCAUUCGUAAACCAUAUAUCUGACAAACAUAUAAUAACCAAACAUCCAAAAUACACAAGAAAGCAAACUGCUCUAUACCAGAAGAAACAAGAGCCAACAGCAUGAUUUUAAAAUGUGUAAGUGUCUAAAAUGAACAUUUUUUGAUAGAAGAUAUACAAAUGGCCAACAGGUCUAUAAACAGGGUCUCAACUCCAAUAAUUGUCUAAGAAAUAUAUAUUAAACUCCAACAUUAUCACCUCACACUUGUUAGGAUGAGUGCUACUGAGGACAAAAGAGGAGGACUAUUAAAAUGAAUGUAAACUUAUAAAGCCAAUGUGAAAAAUAGUAUACAAGUUCCCAAAGAAAUUACAAACAGAACAAUCAUAGGCUCGACUAUAGGUAUAUAAAGGAAUAAAAUCAAUAUGUCAAAGAGGCCUCCAAGUGCACCAGGCACACUCAUGGUACACAGGCAUAGAUGCAGGUAAAACACCCAAACAUGUGA